CCUCGUGUCGCGCAGUAUCGCCGCGGCAUCGCACCGUGAGGUCGCGUCAUGACAGCCUCGAGAGAGUACCGUGAGAAACUUAUCGACGAGGUUAAGAAAUACCCAGUGUUGUACGACACACGACACGAGAAUCACAGAGAUAUAGACGUCAGGGAUCGCUGUUGGACUGAGAUAUCAAAGCGACUGGGCGCUAAUUGUGAAAUUUUAAAACGGGAAUGGAAAAUAUUGCGGGACUCUUUGCGGCAGGCGCUCAAGAAGUCUAGAAAAGGGACGAGGACUAAAGCUGGUCUGCCGUGCAAGAAAUGGCGCUUCCAGAAUCGGAUGUCAUUUGUAUUACCACAUAUGAUGAUACGAGAGGACAACAGAACAGCGAUAGAAGAUAGUAAAAUCGAUGAUAUGGAGAUGCAAUCCGAAGCUGAACAGGAGUUAUGGGAGCCUAGUACAUCAGACAACGACUCCUUAGAUUUAUUCUUUGCCAGCGUCUGUCAGAGUACAAAACGUUUGCCCACAAAAUACCAGAACCAGAUAAAAAAGCAAGUUUUAGAUAUACUACUACGUGUUGAAGAGGAACAUGAUAAUGAAUCUAGUUUAAUACAAGAAACUAAAACAGAACGUUUGGGACAUACAUGACGAAAAUAAUCCGAGUUUAACAUAGUUCAAGUUCGUGUACAAGAGUGACAUACUGUACUGACUUUCAUUUGGCGAGGUCUUGACACAUUUUUUCUAGAUCCGUUAAAAACUGCUACGCUAAGGCGGACUUAAUAGACAAUUAGAAUACAACUAAAGGAGUGUUUACACUGCACUUGUUUUUAUUCAUCAUCAGCUCACUAUAUGUCCCCACUGAGGGGCUCGGAGCCUACC